AUGGUUGACUUUGGUCCAAUUGAGCUUAUGCUAGAGGCCUUAUGGCCUCGGUUCAAUCCCACAUUCCAAAAUAUGAUUGACUUCUUCCGGGUAAAUUUGCACUUAUUGAAUAGAAAGUCGAAAAUUUGCUACUGGCCUUGGGUAAUUUGGACCAAAGCAACAUUUCAAUCCCUCCGGCGAAAGAAGUACAAUGCUUUCUGUUUUAUUUCAAGGGUUGAAAUGGGUCGCGAAGAGGUUGUCUAUCGCGUGAUCCUACUGAUCCUCGAUAAAAACGCCCAGCCUCAUAUCAUUGGUGAAGAACGCCGAAUAAAGGCCUCCAUGCCAGCAAAACAGUGCCAGUGCGUUUUUCCUGAGGGCACCACUACGUAUGGAGGCUCAGUGUUUCAAGUGGAGCACAGUGCAAUUGGCCUCAUUCUCGCCAUGUGUAACCUUGACUCUUUUGCAAUAGUUUGGCUUAAACCGAACUUCUCCGACCUCUCCACUUGUAACUCCGAGCUCACAGCCCGAGCAAACUUCACAUCGACUGAUACACUUCCCUUUACGCACGGCAUUAUUCAUUUGGCUACCAUUAUGUCUUCUGGGCCAAAUCAUUGGUUAUCGCGGCUUGGCGAAGAGAGCGGUUUCGUGUCGAUUUCGCAGUCAUGUCGCGAUACCAAAGUACUCUGCUUACAGCGUUUUGUUCGCCUCUUUGCAUACGGCGCAUCAUUUCUUAUCUUAGUACACUUCCUCUCAAGUCUAGGCUACUCGGAUGAACGAAUCGGCCUUUUCAUGACUUUAACUCUUCUCGGAGAUGUCGUCAUCAGCUUCUUGCUCACCGCCGUUACCGACCAGGUUGGAAGACGAAAAGUCCUGGCCACUGGAGCCGCAUUGAUGGUUAUGAGCGGUCUGAUCUUUGCUAUGGUUGGAAACUAUUGGGUUCUUGUCAUUGCCAGUAUAUUCGGGGUCAUCAGUCCCAGCGGCAACGAAAUUGGACCCUUCCGCGCCGUUGAAGAGUCAAUUCUAGCGCAGCUUACGCAGAAGGAAAGGCGCAGUGAUAUCUUCGCAUGGUACACGCUCUUUGGCUCAGCAGGGGCCGCUCUAGGCACACUCACCUGCGGUUGGGUCGUGCAGGCCCUUGAAGACAAUGAGUCUUGGACCCAGAACGAAGCAUACAGAGUCGUCUUUCUUAUAUAUGCAGCGAUCGGCUUGCUCAAGCUAUUGCUUAUAUUUGCCCUCACCUCUGGUGUUGAGGCACCGCCGGCAGAAAUCAACGAUUCUAAUAGUCCAAGAAACAACGAGACUCAACCUCUACUUGGCGAUGUCUCGGACACCGAGCAAAGCCAAUAUAGGCGGUCACAAGGAUCAAAGUCCCAUCGGCGAACGGUCACGCAACGCGCAAGGGCUCUACUCCCUUACAUCUCUCCCAUGUCUCGGUCGAUUCUGUUCCGGCUCCUCAUUCUGUUCUGUCUCGACUCUUUCGCUUCCGGCAUGGCAUCACCAUCUUGGUUAACUUACUACUUCACUACCGUUCACUCUCUUCAGCCUAGCUCCCUUGGAACUCUGUUCUUGGUCACCAAUCUUCUCGCCACAAUCUCGAACCUCGUCGCACUUCCUCUUGCCCGCCGACUGGGACCACUCAAGACUAUGGUUUUUACACACCUGCCGUCGGCUGUCUUUUUGGCAAUGAUUCCUCUUCCAUUGCCUGGUUCUGGUGGAACAUGGACGGCGAUGGCAUUCCUGUCCUUGAGAGCAUGUACCCAAAGCAUGGAUCAAGCGCCCAGGCAGGCAUUCCUUGCAGCAGCAGUUCUCCCUAAUGAAAGAACGGCUGUAUUAGGCGUGGUCAAUAUUGUCAAGACGUGGGCUCAAGCGGGUGGUCUUGGUUCUGCAGGCUAUCUUGCCGGAAAGAAUCUUUGGAUCGUAGUAUUUACGGGAGCAGGAAUCAUGAAGGCAUGUUAUGAUCUGUUGAUGCUAGGAUUAUUCUUGGGUCUUAGAGAUCGCGAAGAUGACAGCUCGAAAUCCCGUUCGAGGGAUGAGGAAGAGCCUUGA